GCUUACAAUUGGUGCCGCAUAGAUGGCCCAGGGGCAGCAAAUGGGUACACCGCCUGUGCACUUUUGUCGAUUCUAUAAGCAGUAGAAGUCGAAGUCCGCGUGACUUCGCAUUCGCACGUCAGAGUCUGGCGCGAUGGUAGCGCGGUCGGGUUACCAUGCCGAAGCAGUUUCCGCCGCGGGCGAAGCCAGCGAAGCGGCACGUGGAUCGGUUAGUUAUUCGCCGAGCCACGUAGAAGCCGGCGAAGUCAAGCUACUCCACGACAGUGUCGUCGCACCGUCGCAGAGUGUCGCCGAAUCGCAGCUCGCUAGCGCAAAAGCCCUGAUCCCCGCCGUUAGUGCUGCGGCGGCUGCAGCAGCAGCGGCGGCGUCCCUUGCGGUGUCUUCCACGAAGCCGGCGAGUACCCGAUCUAGCGUCUGUCGCGUCGUGGGUGCUUUGAAUCGGCUCCUUUCCCGUGUACCCGUUAGUAGACUCCCUGUUAGUACUAGUACUAGUACUGCUUCGACCCUAACUAGCCGUUUUCCGCAAAGCGCGCCGAGUUCCGCUCUCGCGAUCCUCGCUUCCCGCGCCGUUCAAAUCUCCCACGAUCCUCUUAUUCGAUACAGUCACAUCGCGUACAGUCAACGGCUACUGUCCGCCUACUACGGAUCCGCAUCCUCCGCAUCCUCCCUCGUCCAUCGCGCUAGACCCACUCUGCUCCGCCCCCCAUUCGCAUUGUCCCCGUUAGUGGUCUCACCCGCUAACAGGAUCGGUCCGCAUGCCGUUGGAUCACCCGCGUUCCACUCAGGGUCAUCAGCAGCGUCUGCCGCAGGUGGCAGGGGGGGAUCGUCACGGCAGGAGGGUAGAGUGAAGUUGCAUCUACCCAAGCAUGGCCCUCACAAGCUGCAGCCGCGGCCCCCGCCCCGAGCCCCCUCGCCCCGCGCAACGGCGCAACCCGCGGCUCCCCCUGCAGCCGCACCCAGCUUCCGCGGCCCCGGCGCCCCUCCUCGCUCCUCCGCCCCCAGCGGUGCCCCCAGCGGGUCCGCCGCACCCCCAAGUUCUGCAGCCUGUUCCGCCCACCGCCCCGCCCCCCGCUCCUCCCCCCGCCCUUCCCCCCAUCCCCACCCUGCGAGACAUUCUGGUGGCGAAUCCAAGAAUGCGAAGGCGAAAGGAGUGACUGAAGGGGGGAUGACGUCAGGGAAAAUGCGAAAGGACAGUGAGAAGUCGGCCCUCUCGUUAGCGUCACCAUCUCCAUUGUCACGAUCUGCCACAUCCGCAGCAGCAGCAGCAGCUAGAGGCGCAGUCAGUGCGGCACGCGCAGGAGCUGAGAAUGCUGCUGAUGGGGCGACAGACGCAACUGGCAGCUCACAGGUUACCAAGGGCUUUAAGGAGGAGGAGUGGCAGCAAGAUCUGGCGCUGUUUGCAGGGGACAGCGGCAGGAGGGAGAUGGUGCUGACGGGGAAGGAGAGCCGGCGGUAUGAGCAGGAUAUCAAGAGGAUUGCGGCCCAGUUUCGCAUUCACAGUCGUAUGUACAACAAGUCUCUUGUGCUCAGCAAGGACCCUCUGCCCCAUUACCGUCCAGAGUUGGAUUCCAAGCGCCCACAGAGACAGCUGAGCUUCCCCCCUGAAGUGCUUCAGGCUAUCGAUCGGGUGGUGGUGGAUGUGAGGGCAAAGCGGGAGAGGGAGGAGGAAAGGAGGAGGGAGGAGGAAAGGAAGGCAGAGGAGGAAAGGAAGAGGGAGGAGAGGAAUAAGGCGGCUGCUGCUGCCGGUGGUGGUGGUGGGAAGAGGGAGGUGGGCGGGAGAGGGCUGGCAGGGUUGCAGAGGGAGAGGGGUGAGGAGGGGGAGGAUGGAGAAGAGGAAGAUUUGGAGGAGGAUGACUUGGAGGAGGAAGAAAGGGUAGUGAGUAGUGGCGAGGGAAGGAUGGAAGAGGACGAGGAGGAGAGGAGGAGACGACUGUGGAGGAUAAACGAGAGCUUGAAACGAAGGCAACUGCACUGGCAGGCAUCACCAGAGGGGGCAUCUAUGCUGGCGUUGAGGCAGAGCCUUCCUGCGUGGAAGGAGAGGGAGAGGCUGCUGCAGGCAGUUCAGAACAACCAGGUGGUGGUUGUGUCGGGUGAGACGGGGUGUGGCAAGACCACGCAGCUGCCGCAGUAUCUGCUGGAGGAGGCGAUAUCGUCAGGGCAGGGAGCGCAGAGCUCCAUCAUUUGCACACAGCCACGGCGGAUAUCGGCUGUGGCAGUGGCAGAGAGGGUGGCUGCUGAACGAGGAGAGAGCAUUGGGCAGUCGGUUGGGUAUCAAGUGCGUUUAGAGGCACGCAGGAGUCGGGGCACCCAUCUGCUGUUCUGCACCACAGGGGUGCUGCUGAGACGACUGGCGUCAGACCCCCUGCUUAACGGCGUGACCCACAUUGUGGUGGACGAGAUUCACGAGAGGGGCAUGAACGAAGACUUUCUCCUGAUCGUCCUGAGAGACCUGCUUCCCCGCCGCCCGGACCUGAAGCUCGUGCUCAUGAGCGCCACGCUCAAUGCAGACCUGUUCUCCCAGUACUACAGCGGCGCCCCCACACUGCACAUCCCGGGAUUCACCUAUCCUGUCCGCUCGUACUUUCUUGAAGACGUGUUAGAGCUCACCGGCCACGAGGUCACUCUGCACAACCAGGUGGACGACUAUGGCAGCGAGCAGCAGUGGCGGAGGAGGCGACAGAUGGCCCUCAUGGAGAAGAGGAGAAGGAGCCUGGAACCUUCCUUCGUCCAGGAAGCUCUUGCCGACCACUCCUUCACCUCCCACUCGCCCUUUGUGCAACGAUCCAUGGAGCGGUGGACCGGCGAAGGAGUGGGGUUCUCCCUCAUCGAAGCUGCUCUGGAGUUUGCUGUGAAGCGCGGGCCGAGGCUGCUGGCUCAGAUGCAGAGGGAGGGGGGGAGAGAGGGGCGGGGGGAGGGGCGGAGGGAGCGAGAGUGGACACAAGAGGGGGAGGAGAGGGAAGGUCAUUCCAGACGCAUGGUGGUGAGAGGAGAGCAGGCGGCAGGCAGAGACCCCAUGGGGGGUUCAGGGGUGGGAGUGACAGGACGUGUAGGGAGCAAGGGUGCGGGAGCAGAGGAGGAGACGGGGGCUAUAGGGAGCAAGGAUGCAGGGGCGGUGCUGGUGUUCAUGACAGGAUGGGACGACAUCAUUGCCAUGAGGGACCGGCUGAGGGAGCACCCGGUGCUGGGGGACGAGAGGAAGGUGCUGCUGCUGACGUGCCAUGGCAGCAUGCCCAUCGAGGAACAGAAGCUCAUCUUCAACCCUCCCCCCGAAGGCAUCACCAAAGUGAUCCUCGCGACCAACAUGGCCGAGACCUCCAUCACCAUCAACGACGUCGCACUGGUCAUCGACACCGGAAAGGCCAAGGAAACUUCCUACGACGCAGUCAACAACGUACCCUGCCUCCUGCCCCAGUGGGUCUCCAAGGCCUCGGUGAAGCAGAGGAGGGGCAGGGCGGGGCGGGUGCGGCCAGGCGUGUGUUUCCAUCUCUACCCGCGGCCGCUGUUCGCCGCGCUGCCAGACUACGGCCAGCCAGAGCUACUGCGAGCGCCGCUGCACUCGCUGUGCUUGCAGAUCAAGACGCUCGGGCUGGGCAAUAUUGGGGAGUUUCUUGGAAAGGCCAUGCAACCUCCUGAACCUCUUGCAGUGGACAAUGCGAUAGAGCUGUUGGAGGACGUGGGGGCGCUGGACAAGGACGAGAACCUCACACCACUUGGCCGCCACCUCACAGCGCUACCCCUUGAGCCCCGAGUGGGUAAGAUGCUGGUGAUGGCAGCGCUGCUGUCGUGCGUCAACCCUCUCCUCACUGUGGCCGCUACCCUUAGUGAACGAGAGCCCUGGGUGCGACCAGCGGAUAAGAGAGAGGUGGCCGAUUCGGUGCGCCUUCGCUUUGCAGGGGACGACUGCAGCGACCAUUUCGCAGCAGUGAGGGCGUUCGAGGGGUGGGUGGCGGCCCUGGGGUCAGGGGACAGCCCACGCGACGGAUACAAUGCCGCACGCGCGUACUGCUACGACCACUUCUUAUCGCACCCCACCAUGCAGGCAAUAGCAGGGCUGAGGCGGCAGCUGCUGGGGACACUUGGCGAGCUGGGAUUGGUCAAUGUGCUCGAGGGCAUGGGCGAGGCCAACAUGCGGAGCAACGAACCCGAGCUCGUUCGAGCCGCGCUGCUGGCCGGGCUGUUUCCGGGGGUGGCGUCUGCAGUGAAGCGAGCGCGGAGCACUGCAUACAAGACGGAGGAAGAUGGAGAAGUGAACAUUCAUCAGUCGUCUGUCAAUGCUGGUCUCACUCGCUUCCCCUACCCGUGGCUGGUUUUCAACGAGAAGAUCAAGACCACCUCUGUGUUCAUCCGGGAUUCCACGGGAGUAUCCGACGCGGCUCUGCUGCUCUUUGGCGGGCCUCUCACCCCCACCACCGACCCCGGCUACCUCCACAUGAUGGACGGCUACUUUGAGUUCUUCAUGCCGCCCGCCGCCGCCCGUUCGGUUUUGGGGCUACGAUCCGAGCUCGACUCGCUUAUACAGCGCAAGCUGGAGAGCCCUCGCCUUCCUUUAACACCAGAAGACGAGGCCGUUCUAGGAGCCGUCACGGACCUGCUGCAGUGCGAGCAGCCACGCGGCACCUUCACUGUUGGCCUUGUACCAAAGCUCGCCCCUCCAAAGCCCGAGAAACCCGUAAAGGCGAAAGCAGUGGACAUGAAACUGGAGGCCGGGAAGGAUGUGAAAUCGUACGUUCACAACAACUGCAAGAUCCACUUCUUGGGCCGGCCGCGGUAUUUUAUAGAGCAGGUGGGUACUAAGCAGGAGAAUAUAUAUCAGUGUACGAUGCGGCUGGGGGGAGCAGCAGCGGGGAUUGAUUUUGUGGGCGAGCCGGCUUCGACUAAGAAGGUUGCGGAGUGGAAUGCAGCUGUGGAGGGGUGGAAGUGGAUUCUGGAGUACAAGAAGGUUGACAGGAAGGAGAAGCAGGCAAAGGAGGAGGUGAAGAAGUGUGGGAGGAAAGAGAGGAAGGAGAGGAGGAAGGCGAAUCAUAAGAUGGAGGAGAGGUGGGAGUAUUGGAGGAAGAAGUAUGAGGAAGAGGAGGCGGCGAAAUGGAGAGAGAAGGGAGGGAAAGAGAAGGAAGGGAGGGCUGAUAUGGAUUCAGUGGUGGAGGAAGGGGAGGUGGUGGAAGAGGUGGGGAGAAGGUUGGAAGAGAAGGAUGGUGGUGAGGGGAGGAAGCGGAGAAAGGGAAAGAUGGCGGCAGGGAAGGAUGCACAGGAGCUGCUGCCGUUGAGUCAGGCAAAGAAAGGGGCGGCAAGAGCAGCGUCGAAACGGAAAGGAAACGAGAGAGCGGAGGAAAGAGGUGAUUGGCUUCAUUCGGAUGAUAGUGAUGGAUCGAGGGUGGUGGGUGGUGGUGAGAGAGCAACGGAGGGCGCAGGAGAGGGGGUGGGGAUGGGGAUGGUGUGGAGUGGGCUGACAUGGCGGAGAGUGGAGAGGAGGAGGGGUGGAAGGAGAAGGGAAGAAGGAAGGGCAAGAGUAAGGGGAAGGGAAGGAGCAAGGUGGAGGUUUUGCUUCCCAGUGGUGACGACGAGGUUGAAGAUAAAGGGAGGAAAAAGGGAGCUCGGAAGAGGAAACAAGUGUAACUUGGGCAUGGCCCAUGGGGUGUUUAGUGGUUGGGGGUCAAUAGCACCUAAUUGAGUAUACGCCUCCACCAUGAGAAUUCAGCACAGCGCUUAGUACCAACUAUAUUUUGAGGGAGUUCGCUCUGCACUCGGCUUGAAACAUACCAUAAAUAUACACUAGAAAC